UUUCAGAAAGAGUUGCUAUUAAAAUUCUGGAUAAAGCCAAGCUGACUGUCAAAGCACGCAGGAUGUUGGACCGUGAAAUCUCUAACAUGACGUCGAUUCACCAUCCAAAUAUCAUCAGAUUAUUUGAGGUGAUCGAAUCUUUCUCGAAACUAUUUCUAGUCAUGGAAUAUGCCAGUGGAGGAGAGCUUUAUCAAAAGCUGACUGCCGUUGGUAAACUUCCAGAAAUCGAUGCCAAGACCAUUUUUGCUCAAAUUUUGUCAGCUGUCAAAUACCUGCAUCAGAAUUUGAUUAUUCACCGAGAUCUGAAAGCAGAGAAUGUUUUUUGUAGCUCAAGAGGCCUGGUUAAAGUGGGGGAUUUUGGAUUCAGCACAAGGCUUGCAAACGGAUUUGAGGAGCAGCUGAAGACUUUCUGCGGUUCUCCGCCGUACGCGGCGCCGGAGCUUUUCCGCGACGAGUCCUACGUCGGGGGCCCGGUCGACGUGUGGGCCAUGGGAGUGCUCCUCUACUUCAUGACCACCGGGUACAUGCCCUUCCCGGCCGACUCCAUCGCCGCCCUCAAGCGCAACAUUCUCGCCGGGGUUUUCACCGUCCCCUCGCACCUCUCAUCAUCCUGUCGCUUCCUCAUAGUGGGCAUCCUGAAGCAAACCCCGAGCGAGCGGCUCACCCUGAAGCAGAUCGAGGAGUCGGACUGGCUGGAGGGCAUCAGCGUCCUGGACCACAAGAACGAGGCGUGGAGCAUCCUGCCGACGGUGUCGUCCCAGCCGGGGCGCGACAACCUCUCCUCGACGGAGAGACUGGCCAGGGAGAAGCUGGCCGCGCUGGGGAUCGCAGGGCCGACCCUCGAGGCGGAGACGAUGCACAAGACGAGGAGCCCCGUCAUCGGGACCUACCGCAUCAUCGUCCACCGAAUCCAAACCUCGGCGAUCAACGCCCACCUCGCGCCACCGCCGCCAAACCCCCAGCCCGCCAAACCCCGGCAGAACGGAAUCAAGCCCAACAAGCUCGGCAACAUCUUCAACAAGCCCGUCAAGUCCAGGUUUUGCUGUAUACUGUAAGGCUUGGCCGAGAUCCCCUCCAGCGGGCCGAUUAUUGAAAGUUUUGCUCCGAAAAAGUUAUGACCCAUCAUCUUAAGAGCAAAAAAUUUGUCCGGUAAUACGCAGUUAUUAUUUAUUUUAAAACUGUAUUCCGCUAAUAAGAGACAACGUAAACUAUUAAAACGUAUUCGAGCCUGAGCUAGAAUAGUCAUCGGCAAUUUAAAUGUUGAUCGAUUCGUGUGAAGAGUUGGUAUCAAUGUCGAUCCUUGCAGGCUCAGUAAACAGGCGUGUAAUGCACCACAGUAAUUUUCGUACAUAUGUUGAAAUAUUGAGUGCGCCAAUAUGUUCCUAUCCUGCAAGGAUCUGUUCUGAGGGACGUAAUUUAAAGAGCACUAGAACAAAGAGCGAACUCCGCGAAAUAAAAUAAAAAAUAAAAAUUACCGGAGGGAGCAUCCAGUUUAUAGUAUGCUCUGCAUGAAUGUUCACACCUACGUAGGUCGGUCCCUAUGUUUCAUACAGUGUCUUGAUUUGGGACCUUUUUAAGAAGAUCUCUCAACGGAGUAGUUGAAUGUGGCGCUAUUGAUACCUAUACAGCUACAGCAUAUCUCCACCUUCUGGCCAAAGUAUCACAAGCGCCAUGCGACGUUUAAAAGUUUCCGCCGCCAUUUUAUUUUUUUUACAGAGAAAUUGUUGGUUGAGGCUGUUCGAAAAUUUCACUGAAUUUGUUUUGGGCUGCCGAUAAAAUUAAGUGAAAUUGUUAAACAAAUUCAACCAAAAAUUUCUCUGUAAAACACGUAAUAAAUAACUGACAGCGGAAAUGUUUAAACGUCGCAUGGCGCUUGUGAUACUUUGGCCGGAGGGUGAUGAUAUUGAGGUAAAUGACAGAUCUCACAAAAGUAGGAACCACUGUAGGUAGAUAGUUUUCUCAAUCAGAUUUAGAUCAGUUUCCUCAAUACUUUAUUAUGUGAGCACCAUGGCAGAUUGGCGGAGCAUCGCCUACCAUAAGUCGUGUCACAAAAUAACUUAUUUUCCAUGUUAUUCCUACUAAGUUACCUGUUAACCAUGGGUUGAAGUUUAUUUUUUGUUGUGAUCCAAGAUCGUUAGGAAAUGAUGACCAUGGGCGAUAUUUUUAAUCAGCUAAUAUUUAUGAAAAUAUUCGAAUACACAUGUGUUCGAUGAUAUAAUGUACCGUAAAUUGAAGGAUUUUAUUUUAUACUGGUAUUUUUUUACCCAAACUAUGUUUUAAAUUGAAGAAAAUAAUAAAUAUUAUACAUGUUUUUACUA